GUGAACCAUGUGGUGGUGGUGGUAGAGCGGGUGGUGUCCUGAUCUCUAAACUGUUGCAAUCCGUUUCGGAAUUGACGCAAUCGCAAAACUAAGACGAUCUGGACAUGGACAUCCCCAGGUUGCAACCACAGGAAGGAGUUGGUUCCGGUUUCUGACUUUUAAGUUCAUUCGUCAAAUCGCAUAAACCCCACUGCUCGGGGUGCAAAAUUCGAGGCGCUUCUUACCUUUAUCGUUUUCUCUUUUCGUUCCAGUUUGUGGCACUGAAUUUGGUCCUGUUCACACUCUCAUGCGCACAGAUUUGGUGGAGUUGGUUCAACACCCAAAUGAGCUUUUUGCGUUCUAUGGCGGAGCCUGCAGCAAAGCUAAAAGAAUGCACUUCCGCACUUUGUCGGGACAUGUAGAUAUUUAAAAUAUCUGCAAGACUUUUCAAAAGCGCGCGAGCUGUUGGGGAAAUUCUUCUCAGCACAUGUCUCCGAGUUUAAUCCAAUAUGAGGCGUUAGUUGAACAUCAGAUUGCUGGUCUGAUGCUGUGGUAGAGUAGCGCUGUGAGGAGCGUGUAGUGUUGUGAAACUCUGCUGUAAGACUUGAACUGAAAGCGCAGAAGAUCGAUAGCCGGGAGUUUGAGACUGCAAGGCUUUCCCUGCUUCAGUAAUCGCUUCCCGCUUCACAUCUCGUAGCUGACUGCAGGUUUAUCGUAUUGGGGACAUAUCUGGAGCUUGGACUUAGUUUUGUUGUGCCGGACACUGGCUACUUAUGGAGGUUGUAUUAGUUGCCGGAGCUUGCGUAAAUCCAACUUCUCUUAGUAGCGUUGAUAGGACAUUAAGUGUUCGUUAUGAGGCUUCAACCAAAUCGUCGGAAUGUCACGUUACAGUUCGAAACUCUUCUUUUCUAGGCGGCACAUUCUCAUCCAAAGGUCUCCUUUCGAACUCUAAGAAAUGUCGACGGGUGCCAUCAGCUUUGUUGAAUUCACAUGAGUACAAGAAAAAGAAACUUGAGAAGCUAUUUUUGAAGGAGAUGGGAUCUGAUGAUGAGAGUGAUACAACUGACGAAGACUUAUGCCCUAUUGAAUGUGUGCGUGAGAUCACCACGCUCCGUGAGCUGGAGCAUAUAAUCCAAGAAUCAAAGAGCGCUGGUGAUUUAGUUGUUGUAGAUUUCUUCCGGACUUCAUGUGGGACUUGCCGAUAUAUCGAAAAAGGGUUCCAGAAGCUCUGCAAAGGAGCUGGGAAUGGUGAAGCUUCUGUCGUAUUUGUGAAACAUAAUGUUGUGAAUGAGUACGACGAGCAGUCGGAUAUAGCAGAGAGGCUUAGAAUCAAGAUUGUGCCAUUGUUUCAUUUCUACAAGAACGGAAACCUUGUGGCGUCCUUCGCAACACGCGACAAAGCUCGGAUUCUGCAAACCAUCUACAAGCACCUGGAUGUCACACAAACAAUCGAAGAAUGGAGUGACAUACACGGACUGGCGUGAGAUCCUUCAUUUCCUGAUUUAUUAUUAUUAUUAUUAUUAAGAUUUGUAGUACCAUUUUUGCAGUUGUACUGUGAUGCGUGACACAAUCACACAUUUCCGAUUUGUCAUCAAUUUAAUCUGAAUUUUGCUGUCUUCUCCGACGUAGGAACUGUUUGGCAUCAACUGCUGUAUCUAUUGAUGUCAUAGCGCAAAUAGAUUCGAAGGGUCUAUGUGUCGUUGGCCUCACUAAGACUGGACUACCACACAUUUCCGAUUUGUCGAAAUUCUUAUCAUCAGUUUUGGCUUUGUUUUGAGCUCUAGUGACUUACACGA